AUGCCGCUUCAUCUGCUUGGCAAAAAGUCAUGGAAUGUCUACAACCCAGAGAAUAUCGCCCGCGUCAAGCGCGACGAGGCACAGGCCCAGGCCCGUGAAGAGGAGGAUGAACGGCAGAUGCAAGAGGUCGAUGCCGAGCGUCGAAUCCAAAUCCUGCGCGGAGAGCGAGUACCUACACCUCCUCCACCUCCAGUUUCCCCUGAAUCGCCGGAAACAUCUCGACAGGACCGAAGAUCCCUCGUCGACCCUGGGAGAACCCGCAUCAAGAGACGCCGCCUAGCUGGCGAAGAUGAUACGGACAGGGACAUCAGGUUAGCCCGAGAGGACGCAGCCCAGGCUGUCGACAAACGGGAUGAGUUGUCCCUGGCCUCCCAAAGAGAACGUAAGGAUACACAGGUGCCCCUCGUGGAUAGUGCUGGCCACAUCAACUUGUUCCCGGAGCGCACAAACAAGAAGGCUGAGAAAAACCCCGAGGCCCAAGCCGAGGCGGUGCGAAAGAAACGUGAAUUUGAAGACCAAUACACAAUGCGAUUCUCCAAUGCUGCUGGGUUCAAGGAGACUGCUGGGCGUCAACCAUGGUACUCUUCUGGUGGCCAAGCUGCGACAGCACCGGAUGCAAUGUCCGAGAAGAAUGUAUGGGGAAACGAAGACCCAAUGCGCAAGAAUCGAGAGAAGGCCCGCAUGGAUGUCAAUGAUCCUCUCGCAGCUAUGAAGCGCGGUGUGCGGCAGUUGAAAACGACACAGCAAGAACGAAAACGAUGGAACGGCGAGAAAAGAAGAGAGAUUGAAGACCUCAAAGCUGAUGAGCGCCAGCGCUCGAGACACCAGCGGAAACGCUCAAGGUCUAGGGAUAGCUUUGAUGGGUUCCGGCUAGAUUCCCCAGCAAGCAAAGACCGUGGCCCCGAUAAAAAGGAGCAUCAGAGUUCUCACUGUCACCAUCGUCAUCAUCAUGAUCGAAGCCAAGAGCACUCGCAUCGGGAUAGUAGUCGGGAACGCUCUCGGCGACGAUCACAUCGUUCUUCAGAUCGUACUCAUCAAUAUCGUCAUGAUGAGCCCCGUUCUUACGGCAGGCGUUCAAAUAAGUCUGAACUAGGCACAGCUUACGAGAAGCGUUGA